CAAUGUAUUGUUGAAAAUGAUUAUUACUUUAUUGAGCCACCUAAUUUGGGUCUCUUGGCAGAUUAUUUAAAUGAUUGUGCUAUACAAGAUGUGAGCAUGUCAUUAUCAUUUAAAGAUGAUAACGUUGGUGCAGGCACUGCCAAAAUUUCUCCAAAAUGCGAUAGUCUACCGUCUAGAAAAUUACACAGUAAAAUGAAAAAGAAUGAUAUAAUUCCAAUGGAUGUAAAUUAUGAAAAUGAUAAUGACAACGACCAACAUGAUCAUUUUACAAUUCAGCGUGGUUCUUUCAUUACCAUAAAGCAACAGAUGAUAAAAUAA